AUGUUUCAGGAUGUCAAAGCCCAUGUUAGCUCUUGCCAUGAAUGCCAGAUUAGGAGUACCCGAAAAGUGGAGAUACCCCUUACCAUAUCAACACCAGCAACCAUCUUCACCAAAUUGUAUGCCGAUGUCAUGCUCAUGCCGAAAGCCAAGGGAUAUCGCUAUAUUGUAGCUGCACGAGAUGACCUAACACAAGCAGCUGAAGGAAGAGCACUGCGCAAGAGUAAUGCAGAUUCUCUUGCCAAAUUUUUCUGGGAAGAAAUAAUUUGCCGAUAUGGACAUAUUGCUGAAAGAGGACACUUUAUCAUUCGAGAGGGAAUUAUCAAAGCGUGUGAAGGAGACAUCAGCCAAUGGCCCAGCAAAGUGCACCAUGCCUUUUUUGCCGACAAAGUCACCACACGACGAGCUAGCGGAUUUAGCCCUUACUGGCUGCUCCAUGGAGUAGACCCGGUUCUGCCAUUUGACUUAGUAGAAGCUAGCUUUUUGGUAGAAGGAUUUAGGUCGGGAAUGUCAUCAGAAGACCUAUUAGCCCUGCGAAUCAGACAACUAGAGAAGCGGCCAGAAGACAUCAAUGCCGCAGCUAAGGCGCUUGCCAAAGGACGAUGGCAGGCCAAGCUACAGUUUGAAAA